AUGUCGGAAGCUUCUUCCCUCCUUGAACACUCAAAUCCAAUAGUUUCUUCUGAAGAACAUUUUUCAAUCACUUCCGAUGCUGUUAAUAGACCCCCUUCACCAGAGCCAGAACCCAACUUUCACUUUAAAUAUCAUUGUGCAUCCAUAAUCGAUGGUUAUUAUUCUACCAAUGUCCAGGAUUUAUUAGAAAAAUGUUACAUCAAAAGAUUUGUCUAUGAAGAAUACUUUGAUCCUCAAUCCACUGAUGAAUCUACAUUUCUCAAGAACUUAUUUAAUAAUCCGUUCUUUAGAAAAGAAUGUCUGGUUCAAUGUCAAAAUAAAUGGUGUGAAAUAAAAGGUUCUGUUGAUGUGGUAAUAUACAAGAGAUUGGCUUGUCAGGUCACGAGUUUAGAUUUUUUCGAUAGAUUAUAUAAUUCUGAUAUUCUACGUCCAACCGGUACAAUCGUAAAAUCUUUCCCAAUUUAUAUCAAUUCAUUUCCAAUAACCGAUAAACUUCGCCAGAUCUUUUUAUUACCACAAUCUUCAAAUUAUGAUUUAUUCAAUGAUGAUGAUCGUAAUGAAUUUAUUUUUCAUGUACUUCAAAGUGUCUGUCUUGGUGGUGACAUCUGUCAGUUUGAAGAUGAAAUUAAUAAGUAUUUUGAAGUUGUCAAGGGUAUUUAUAGGGAUUUAAUUUGUGUUCAGAAAAAUACAAGUACUGGAAAUUUAAUGGUACAAUCUUAUGUUUAUAAAAUAAAUAACUUACAAGGUACUUCAUUAUCACCACCAUUGUUUCCAAUUUCUGAAAGUGAAGAUGAAAAUACGGAUAAUAUUCCCUCUAAUGAUUUUUGUUAUGUUACGGUCGAUCCUGUCAAAAGAUGGGUCAAUGUUUGGUAUCAUGCUGCUUGUGAAUAUUGUUGUUAA